UCACUCCCUCUACUGCAAUCUCUGGGAAUUGGUGUCUGACGCGGCUGCUCCUGCACAUUAUUUAUUUAUUUCCUCUUUUCCUCCUGCUGAGACCCUUCUGUCAGGAGAGAUACAGCCUGGGACGGAGCCAGGCAGGAAGCUACAGGGACACAGGAGGCAGAGAGCCCUGAGGGAAGCGUCCCUCAGAAGCCCCCACUCCGCUCAUAAGCUCAUCCAGCCCUACAGGGGCCAUGAGCAGCAGGCAGGAGGCCAUGAGACUGGGGAGAGACUCCAGUAGGAGGGGACAGGAGGCAGAGCUUCGGGACCGAGCCCACCUGAGCCAGCAGCGCCGGCUCAAACAGGCCACCCAGUUCCUGCACAAGGAUUCUGCUGACCUGCUCCCCCUGGACAGCCUCAAGAGGCUCGGCACCUCCAAGGACUUGCAGCCGCACAGCGUGAUCCAAAGACGCCUGGUGGAGGGAAACCAGAGUCGGCUUCAGGGGGAGUCCCCCCUGAUGCAGGCCUUGACUCAUGGCCAGGAGAACAGGAGGAAGACCAGCACGACAGAGAUUCCAGCUCUUCUGCUCAACUGCAAGUGCCAGGACCAGGCGCUUAGGGUGGCCGUGGACACCGGCACCCAACACAACCAGAUCUCCGCUGGAUGCCUCAGCCGCCUGGGGUUAGGGAAGAGGGUCCUAAAAGCCCCAGGGGGGGACCUGGCACCUGGGCCCACAACCCAGGUGGAGCAGCUGGAGCUACAGCUAGGCCAGGAGACCGUGGCAUGUUCCGCCCAGGUGGUGGAUGUUGAGAGUCCUGAAUUCUGCCUUGGACUACAGACCCUGCUUUCUCUCAAGUGCUGCAUCGACCUGGAGCGUGGCGUGCUGCGGCUGAAGGCCCCCUUCUCAGAGCUGCCCUUCCUGCCUUGGUACCAAGAGCCUGGCGAGUGAUUGUUGUUCCCGUCAGUCCCCAGGGGGAAGCACCUUGACGUGGGGGAAGAGCCGUGUGGGGUAUGGGGACAUCACUACAGCCAGGUAGCUGGGGACGACUUUGUUGUCCCUUUUGUCACCACCCUGACCCUGCUGUCCCAUUUCCCUCAGUCAGCCACAUUCCUCUCUGCUUCUCAGCAACUUCCCUACCCCGAGGAGAUUUCCCUAGAGAGCCCAGGUUCCCAGGGUUCUGGUUUCCCUGUUCUCUCUCUCGUUCCGCUCCCGAGAAGAGUGAAGCCAAAUCGGGACUGCAGAAAAGGACACAAGCAAAAUGGGGCUGUGGGCUGGGCCGUGGCAGGGUAGGUGCUGGCCUGAGUCAAAGGCUGGAGCCUACUACUGCCUUCCACCUGUCCCCCAACUCCACCCCAAACACCCCUCAAUUGCCUACAUUCCCAUGUCUCUCACCUCACCUUUUGGGGCGCAUUAUCUCUCACAACUAGAAAUCACACCUCACCAACCUGGGUCCCUGGCCCUGCUGGUGCCUACCUUUCUGAUUCUGUACAUGUCUGCUCACAGUUGAGUGGGGGAAGAAACAAUGAAUGGAAUAAUUUAGUACAACAGGAAGGUGGUUUGGUAGAGGAAUGCUAACUUACAAGGCUGGGAGCUUUGUUAGUUACCGUUUCUGGGCUUGCAAACAUCAGAAGCCAGUUAUUAUUUGAUUACCCUGGGCAAAACCUUGGAUAGACCUCCAACUUUUGCUCUGUGUCUUUAUCCUUCUCCACUUGCUUUUUCACCCACUGGGCCCCUAAACUUUGGGGUGUGUGUGGAACAUCCCUGUGGAGAACUGCCCCCAAAGGUGAACAGGAUGGUGGGGUUGUGAAUUGUGACUUCACCUAACCAGUAUGCCUUCUUAUUUCUAGAACUAUCCACCUCAUUAGACCUUCUUCCUGCCCCUCAUCUCUGGCCUUGUGAGCUGGAGCUUGUCUUGUUUUGGAAUCAGUGGCUUUCUAUCCCCCACCAGGCUCUGAGCCAAAGCAAAGAGACAAGGAGCCUUUUCUGAGUUCACUGUGAAGAGAGGAACCCAAACCUUAAGAAGCCAGACCCCUGAGUGUCUUUCUGGCUGGUUUGAGCAUCUUAAAUCAUGGAUUAGGGGUAAAGGAAGAGAGUGGUGUAACUAACCCGAACUAGGGAACUAGGACUUUGGGCUGGAAAUGAAAUAUUGAGCCAAGGGUAGAUUAGAAAAGAACCGAGAUACAAGGCCCAUGACACCUGGCCUUACCUUUCUCGACGGAGUCCCCUGUCCUCACAAAGACAGGAGAGGGGCUCACUGUGACCUGUGCGAUAGCACCCUGGUCCCUCACUGCCACGCUCCACGACCUCUACUUUCCUGGGCUCAGCCUGUUCCUGCCCCGUCUGCCUCCUGCUGCUCCUGUUAUUGCAGACCCCAGGCCCU